ACCCUAGUUCUUUGUCCCAUACAAUGAGGAGAAUCAGCACACUGUAUGGAGUUGUUGACAUGCAAGCUAUAUUUCUCUCUGAAGUAGUCAUCGGGAUCUCAUUCAACAGUAUCCUCUUCCUCUUCCACAUCUUUCAGUUCCUUCUUGAGCGUAGGCUCCGGAUCACUGACCUGAUCAUCAGUCUCUUGGCCCUCAUCCACCUUGGGAUGCUAACAGUCAUGGGAUUCAGAGCUGUUGAUAUUUUUGCAUCUCAGAAUGUGUGGAAUGACAUCAAAUGCAAAUCCCUUGCCCACUUACAGAGGCUUUUGAGGGGCCUCUCUCUUUGUGCUACCUGUCUGCUGAGUAUCUUCCAGGCCAUCACCCUUAGCCCCAGAAGCUCCUGUUUAGCAAAGUUCAAAUAUAAAUCCCCACAGCACAGCCUGUGUUCCCUUCUUGUGCUCUGGGCCUUCUACAUGUCCUGUGGUACUCACUUCUCCUUCACCAUUGUUGCUGACUACAACUUCUCUUCACGCAGUCUCAUAUUUGUCACUGAAUCCUGCAUUAUUUUACCCAUGGAUUACAUCACCAGGCAUUUAUUUUUCAUAUUGGGGAUAUUUCGGGAUGUGUCCUUCAUAGGUCUCAUGGCCCUCUCCAGCGGGUACAUGGUGGCCCUCUUGUGUAGACACAGGAAACAGGCCCAGCAUCUUCACAGCGCCAGCCUUUCUCCAAAAGCAUCCCCAGAGCAAAGGGCCACCAGGACCAUCCUGUUGCUCAUGAGCUUCUUUGUGUUGAUGUACUGCUUGGACUGCACCAUAUCUGCCUCCAGACUUAUGCACAACGGUGAACCAAUCCACCACAGUAUUCAGAUGAUGGUCUCCAAUAGCUAUGCCACCCUCAGCCCUUUGCUGUUAAUUGUUACUGAAAAUCGAAUUAGUAGGUUUUUGAAGUCCUUGCUAGGAAGGACAGUAGAUGCUUAAGUAUUGAGGGGAGGCAGGCCCACUAAAGGAGCCAAUAUGCUAGCUACUGAAUAAUGAAUCCUGGCCUAGUCCUCAUGCAAUCCUGAACAAAUUAAUACAUGACUCAUGCUUCGUUAAACCUGCUUCUUUUGAAAUGUGUAUUACCAACACCUGUAGAUAUUUGAGUCAAAUUUCUUCAUGUGUAUUUCUUCUCAGUGUCAGUAGGGGACAUUUGUGAUACUUUCACAGAUUAGGGUAACUUGUGCACUUAUCAAUAAGCUAAAGUGUACAGCAUAUUUUACUAAGCCAAUUAUCUCAACAGUUUGUUUUGUACCCAAUUAAAUAUGUAAACGUUACCAC